AAUAGAAUUAGAACAGAUUUGAAAGUAAAGAACGCGAAGCUUUCAGUAAAACAUUGAACUUUGUGCGAGUGAUGUGUUUGUUGAAGUUACUUUGAUUACGAGAAGUAAUAAAUAAUGGUGAAGAUUUUUAUUGUUAGGACGGUUGUAGAGAAUCUUCUCCGGCGCGAUGAGGAGGAAACGACAGAGAACACAGAGGACACCACCGGCCCCGUAGUGGUCGCUGAAAACAGUAACAGCAACGUUUCAGCUGAUGAGAACACACCUCAGAGUCCCGCUGGAUUAUCUACACACCAGGGAUCAGCGCAAAUCCGUCAUGGAUCCGCGCAGACCUAUGGCCAUUCAGGCACAGGCAGCAGCCAUGAGAGCCCAGACAGUGCAUGUUCUACAUGUGAGCCUGAGGAGACUGAUAUGGACAGAUGUGAGGCUGAGCAGGAGGCAGUGGGGCUCUUCAUCCCUGGGCCCAUGCUGUACUGUGAAGAGAAAGAUAAGGUUCCUCCGUCUCUAGAGACACUGUACCACACUGCACACUGCAGCAGCACCUCAGACUGCCUGCUGUUGGCAGCCCACAUGUUACUGCUGGAGACCGGCUUCCUGCCACAGGGUUGUGACAUCAGAGCCAGAGAAAUGGCCAGCAGCUGGCUUGCAAAAGAGUAUCUCUGCAGGCUGCGGUACUUUCACCCGUUCUGUGAUUACAGCCCAGUUCAGAUGUUUGGUGUGCUGAAUGGCCGAACACUUGUCAUAAAAGCCACUAUGAAGACAACCGGUGCAGUAGAGUUUUCACAGAUACUGGCACUGAAGCCUGACGAUUACGUGACUAAGGAGUGGGCAGGUGGAAAUGCUGGACUGGUCUACAGAGAUAUGCAGAAACUGUCUCGUGUUUUUAAGGACCAGUUGGUUUACCCACUAAUUGCAAGAGCUAGAGAAGCACUGGGUCUGCCUGCACUGUUUGGUCUCACUGUGCUGCCCUCUGAGCUGCUUUUAAGUAUAAUGCAGCUGCUGGAUGUUCCCUCGAUCCUAAGGCUGUCUGAAGUAUGCAUAUACCUGCACUCGGUUUCUCAAGAUGCCUUACUCUGGAAACACUUUGUGUACCGUGACUUCGGAGGUUACAAGGAGCUGCACAUACACGGUGGAUCCGCCGCAUUUGGAUGCCAAUGUGGAGUUAGUCGCAGAUACAAAGACUGGAACGAGCUUUACAAAAAUGAAUAUGAGAUAAGGAAUUCACAGAAAGGAUGCAGAUUUUCUAGUUUUAUAGCAGUUUUCCAGUUCUGAGUUUCCAACCACCAGCGAAAUUCCGCCAGGAGGAGGCCAUUUUCUCUGGAACAUUACAGAAUAAACUAAAUAUAUUAAAAAAAAGAUUCAUGUGGACUUUUUAUAUAACCAGAAUGAAGUCAGAUUUUUUCAUAAAAGGCUUGAAACUGAAAUGAAGAGAAAAAUCACUCAGUUGUCAGAUCCAAUUACUUCUUUUGAUUAAAGCCAACAGUUUGACUUUGCUCAUUUUCCUUGCUUCCCAGAAUGCAAUACAAUUAAAAAUAUAUAUAAUUUCCCC